UGAAUCGAACUACCCGUCCUGCUCGUUCCGUCCCCAGCGCGGCUUCCGUGGUUGCGCUGCGACAUGGCGUCCUGUGCGGGAGCGUUCCGCAGGUUCUCCGCGCUGUCCCUCCUGGCCUCCGCGGCCGGGCGUCGCGUCCGCGACGCACAGAACUCGUGGCGAGCGUGCUCGUCCGGCAGUGUGAGGAGCAGCCUGUGGGAGCACGUGAGGGAGGGCUACAGCGACAAGCCGCAGCUGGACAUGGGGCCGGUGUGCGGGGAGACGGGCCGGCUGAUAACUGACCUGCAGAACAGGAGGGGAGACCUGGGGCCGGCCGACGUCCAGACUAUCAUUUCGGUCUGGAAGCAGAUGCUGGAGGUGCAGAAGGAGAUCGAGGAGCUGGAGGGAAAGAAGAAAGUGGUCAGUGCUGCCGUUCGAGCUCUUGUGGAGCAGCAUGACAAGAAGGCCCUGGCCCAGCUGGCAGAGUACAGGACUGCCAGAGAAGAGGGCCGAGGGAUCAGAGCCAGGCUGAAUGAGUUGUACCCUCAGCAGAGCGAUCUGGAGCAGCAGUACUACUGCCGUGCCCUGAGGCUUCCCAACAGGACCCAUCCAGAUGUGCCCGUAGGAGAUGAGAGCAAGGCAAGGGUGGUUGAAGUGGUUGGGCAGAAAGCUGAGUUUGAUUUCAAAGCCCGAGGCCACCUAGAAAUUGGGGAGAGACUGGACAUCAUAAGACAACGACGCCUUGCCCACGUAUCAGGUCAUAGAUCGUACUAUCUCCGGGCAGCAGGAGCCAGACUUCAGACUGCCUUGCAAAACUUUGCUCUGGAUCUCCUUCAGAAAAGGGGUUUUAUCCCCAUGGUCGUUCCAGAUGUGCUGAAAGGAGUCGUGUUUGAGGGCUGUGGGAUGCAGCCUCAUGCUCAUCGCUCACAGGUGUACUCUUUGGACCCAGCCCGCUUCCCUGACUUUAAUUUGGCUGGCACAGGGGAAGUUGGUAUCGCAGGUUACUUCAUGGACCAUGCUGUAAAUUUAACGGAUGUGCCUGUCAGGACAGUUUGCAGUAGCACGUGUUACCGAGCAGAAACGGACACUGGCCGAGAGACUUGGGGGCUCUACAGGGUUCAUCACUUUAACAAGGUGGAGAUGUUUGGUGUGACGGCAGAUGAGACGGGUGAGGAGAGUUCUCAGCUGUUAGAUGAAUUCGUGUCGUUACAGAAGGAGAUUUUCUCCUCCCUCAAGCUCCAUUACAGGGUUCUGGACAUGCCCACAGAAGAGCUGGGACCACCAGCCUUCAGGAAGUAUGAUAUUGAAGCUUGGAUGCCAGGCCGCGGUAGCUUUGGCGAGAUCUCCAGUGCAUCAAACUGCACUGACUAUCAAAGCCGGCGGCUUAAUAUCUUCUACGAGAGAGGAGAUGGCAGUCUGAAGUACGCCCACACGGUGAACGCUACAGCUUGUGCUAUUCCACGCACUAUUAUUGCACUUUUGGAGACUCAUCAAACAAAGGAAGGAACGGUACGGGUUCCAGACGCCUUGCAGCCAUAUCUUGGGUUGGAGGUGAUUGAAAAGCCCAAAUACACUCCCUUGAAAUACAUUGGACCAAAUCAGCCCAACCGUCCGCCACGUUCCCCCUGGCGUUAAUACGGCAGCCGUGUUCAAAUUACAAGGUUUCUAUCUUAGUUAGCAAAUUCAGACCAGGACACAACGGAAGCCUCAGCACCGACUUUUCUCAAGAAGAGUACAAGGCCUUGGCUUAUGCCCGGCAUGUUGCCCAGAUUCAGCUUAUCGUUUCCGUUUGGAAGCUCGAAAGCAAAGCUGCAGCUGAAUCCUAUGAAGUAUAACGUUUUAAGGCUAUUUCUUGGUGAGAUGAGACGUGACGUGGUGAUGAGGAAUGUACGAAUGAUCUUUAUUUGUAUUAAGAGGUGUGAACGUCCUUCAGACCUACAGUCCAGCUCUGGAUACUAUCUUGUGGAAAUCAUGGAGAUAAUAGAUCACCUUUUGUUCUAAAAAGGGUGACAAACUCCUGGACGCUCUGUCUUUUUUACUUUGAAGAUGCUACUAAAGCCAAUAUGCAUUAAAACCUGCAGAAAGAG